AUGCAAGACCAUACCAUCAUCACGGCCAUUUUCGCCUGCCUCUCCCUCUUCUUCCUUCUCCUGAACCACGACAAGCCUUGCGCUACCCACAAGGCGCUCACCAGCAUCUCGGCCGCUGUGCCCGUUCUCGCUGUCGGCCGCGACAUCGUCGUACCCACCACCGUAUGGCUCAUUGAGAGCGACAGCCUCCCCGCCCGCCACCUCCGCAGCAGUUCUCUCUGGUUCUGUCUCCUGUUUGUGUUCGCCAUCUCCUGGAUCGGCCUUCCCGAGAACGUAACAGCAAUCGCUGUACUACCACCUGCUCUGCCACCGAGCGGAGAGGCAGCAAACAUCCUGCCCGCCGCACCUGUCGCACCCGCCCCUUCUCCACCACAAACAUCAUCACAGGCACCGACCUCAGGACCGGCACCACCACCGCCACCACCAGUGGCGCAGAGAACUGCGCGACAGCUGUACUUCCCUCCUCUGCCGCCAAAGCGCAUCACUGGAACGCUUCUCCGAUCGAAAAGGCCGUUUGCCGCCAGCACAGCGAGCGCGCCGGACACGACAAGGCGUAUCGUUCUCGAGAAGAGGGCAAGCGGCCUGAGAUCGUGCUUGGUGCAUCCAGCAGCGAGAGCGCAGUCUCUGCAGUAUCGGCAUCUUCUCGCGCAGCCUGUCAAGAGUUCCGCCAGCGUACGGUUUGAGAAGGUCACCAGGGCAGACGAUGGCUCGGAGAAGCCCAUCAGCCAGCCAACGCCGGCGAAGGCUCCGGCAGCACCGACCGCGCCUCCUCCCCAGCCGGAGGCCAAAGAAGAGGCCACUGCAGCGGCCGAAGAGCCGACUGUGUCGAGCAAGGAAGGCGGAGAGGAGGAGCAGGGCAGAGAGACCCGGCCGACCGAAGAGCCAUCUCCCGAGCAGACUGAGGCCGGAGAGCCCAGUACAGCCGGUGAGAACGGCCUUUCUGGGCGUGUUGAUGUUGAGAAGGUGGCGGUACCUCACACAACUGUCCAGUCGGAGCCUGACGCCAAGGAAGGCCCGGGUCUCGAGCAGGCUGGUGCCGAAGAGGCCAGUACAGCGGCCGACAAUGGCACUGCCGAGUCUGCUGGUGCGGGAGAAGAGACCGAGCCGAUGGACGAGACUGCGGAUCCUGCGCGAUCCAUCCCGGUUCCUGAGGUCCAGCAUCUCCGAGAGGAGCAGAUGCACGAUGCUCCUACACCGACUGAGCAGCAGGUCAGCGGGCAGCACGAGGUCGGAGACGAGGGGCAGAUGGCUAUGGGUACCGAUCUGGAGAUCUCGGAUGCUCCAUCGGGCGUCCAGCCAUCCCCACCGCCUCCCAACGACCAAGCCAUGCAAGACGCCAGUAUGCCGACUGAGCAGAACAGCCAGAGCCAGCAGAGUUUUGGAGAGGACAGGAGGCCAGCUACGCCACCUCUCCGUGAGUAUACCAUGGAUGAUGCCAGCCCAGUGCCUGCGCAGAUCAGCGAGGCGAGCAAUGGACCUCUUCUCGUGAAUCGGAAAAGUUUACAAGGCCGUAGUACUCAGCACGGCUCCUUAUGUUUCGUUCCGACCCAGGAGAACAAGCCUGCCAUGCGACUCUUUCGACUCACCAGAACUGGACCGUCAGCCGCUCGUGGUAGAGCCUCUGCCAAUUUCGAAGAGCGGAAGGCCAUCAGACUUCAAAGAGAGAGUCAGGGCGCCGAUCUUUUUGACCAGACUCUUGCAGUUUUCAAUACGACUGAUGAAGAGCCUUCACUGAUUGCUCAGUGCAACAAGAAGUGUAAGAAUAGAUACCUCAAAGGAGAGCCUGUUACCUACCACGGUAAGGUCUGGUGCCGUCUAUGCUUCCAGAAAGCGCAUCCUGGCGUACCUUUUCCGCGCGAUCAGUUACGUGAAUGCGAACAAUGCGAGGAGAAAGAUCAGCCGUCAGUUGCGCAUAAGACAACCUUGUAUUGCCUCGACUGCUGGUCGAAGGAGAAACCUGGAGAGACUCCCGAUGGCGAUGAUGGCUUUUCGGCACCAUCCACAUAUGCUUGA